UCCCACACGGGCCCUUUGUGUUGCCGACCGCCCCGGUUUCCUCUCCGGUCUUCCUCUGGCUCAUCUGAAUCCAUUCUCGUCUUCUCCCGCUUGGCUGUCGUUGUCUUGGUCUUGGUCUUGGUCGUCUCUUGGAGUGGGGCUCCGACAUUUUCGGCUUUGAUGGCGGGAGGAGGCGGAAGUAGUUUGUUCAGCGGAUUCCGGCUUUUGGGGCUUUACUGCAACCACGUGCCGCACGUGCUCCGCUACCAUCGCAAACAUCGGGAGUUCUAUCUGGUGACUUCAGUCGGCAAAUGUUUGCACACGUACAACGUCAAUCGUUUGGGCAUCGUGGCCAUCAGUAACAGCCUCCAGGAUGACAUCACGUGCUUGGCGGCAGACAGGAUGUUGACUUUCGCCGCCGCCGGCUCGCUGGUGCUGGCCUUCGCUAAGAACAAAGAGGUGGUGAUGCGUUACCGUGGACACAAACAGGAAGUGCGCCUGCUGCUUCCUUUCGGCGACCAGCUGAUCUCGGUCGAUGGCGGCGGGCUCCUCGUUGUCUGGGACGUUCAAAGCGGCGAAGUGUACACGCAGCUGCACUUUGAGCCCGUCGCCUUCGAGGUGUCGGCCUUGAUGCACCCCAGCACCUACCUGAACAAAGUCCUGCUGGGGAGCUGCCAGGGCCCGUUGCAGCUGUGGAACCUCAAGAGCGGCAAGUUGCUGUACACGUUUGCCGGCUGGUCGGCCGGCGUCACUGUGCUGCAGCAGAGCCCGGCGGUGGACGUGGUGGCUGUCGGCACGGCGACGGGCCGCAUCGUCAUUCACAACAUCCGACUGGACGAGACGCUGAUGGCCUUCACGCAGGACUGGGGCCCUAUCACGUCGCUGGCUUUUCGAACAGACGGGCCGCCCACGCUGGCGGCGGGAAGCCCUCAAGGUCACCUGGCCUUGUGGGACCUGGAGCGACAGCAGCUUGCGGCUCAGCUGAGACACGCCCACAAGACGGCGGUGAACGCCAGCUUCCUGCAGGGCGAGCCGCUUCUCAUCACCACCGCCGCCGACAACGCCAUCAAGGUCUGGAUCCUGGACCAGGAAGGGGGAGGAGCCAGGUUGCUGAGGAAUCGCCAGGGUCACAGCGCCCCGCCCACCGUCAUCCGUCAUUACGAUGGGAAAAACAUCCUCAGCGCAGGUCAAGACGGGACACUGCAGUCUUUCUCUACCGUCCACGAGCGACUCAAUAAGAACCUCGGACACGGCUCGCUCAAUAAGAAGAAAGAGCAGAAGAAGAAGAAGGGCUUGUCGUACGAAGAGCUGCGGCUGCCCGCUGUCACCGCCUUCUCCUGCGCGGCGGCUCGCCGGUCAGACUGGGACGGCAUCGUGGCGUGUCACCGUGGUCGCCUGGCGACCACCACCUGGAGCUACCAGCGCUGCACCAUGGGGGAGCACCACCUCAGGCCGCCGCCGCCGGGGUGCGGCAGCGGUGCCGUCGCCACGGCCGUCGACAUCACUUCCUGCGGGAACUUUGCGCUCGUGGGGUCUUCGUGCGGCCGCGUCGAUGUUUACAACCUGCAGUCCGGACGUCACCGCGGUUGCUAUGGAGACGAGCAGAAAGCUCACGGCGGCGCAGUGCGGGGCGUGGCCACCGACACGCUCAAUCAGCAGACUGUCACCGCCGCGGCCGAUGGGCUCCUCAAGUUCUGGCGCUUCAAGACCCGCCGACUGGAAGACCAAAUCCAGCUAAAUACGGCGCCCGCGUGCAUGAAGCUCCACAGGGAGAGCGGUAUGCUCGCGGUGGCUCUGGAUGACUUCACGCUGCUGGCGGUUGACGUGGAAACCAGGCGAGCCGUCCGCAAGUUUGCGGGUCACCUCGGCAGCACCAACGACAUGAGUUUCAGCCCGGACGGCCGCUGGUUGAUCACCGUCGGGAUGGACUGCGCCGUUCGCACAUGGGACCUCCCGUCCGGCAGUCUGGUGGACUGCUUCCUGGUUCCCGUGGCGCCGGUGGGCGUGUCCAUGUCCCCUACCGGAGACUUCCUGGCGACUUCGCACGUGGACAGCCUGGGCGUGUGCUUGUGGACCAAUAAGAGCCUGCGUGGGCCCGUGGGGCUCCGCCCGCUGCCGCCCGACUACCGGCCAGAGACGGAGACUCUGCCGGGGGCGCCGGAGGCCGAGCGGGAGGUGACAUCGGAGGAGGAGGGACCCGACGAGGCGUACGCCUCGGCCGAGCGGUUGGGGGCGGAGCUCGUGACGCUGUCGCAGCUGCCGGAGUCCAGAUGGAAACAUCUGCUGUGCCUGGACACUAUCAAGAGAAGGAACAAAGCGGCGACGCCUCCCGUGUCGGGGCCGUCGGCGCCCUUCUUCCUGCCCACCGUGCCGGGCUUGACGCCGCGCUUCUCCCAACCGCAGCAGGAAAGGCAGUCAAAGGUGUCGAGCUGCAGUCUGCCCUCUCGGGGCUCAAAGUUCAGUUGCGCUCUGGAGGCGGGUCUCGGCGCGGGGUCGUUCACCGUCCCCGCGGCGCUGUUGAAGACUUUCGGUCCGUCUGCCGUGUCGGUCGAGCUCGCCGGGCUGUCACCUGAAGGGGGCGGAGCCAGCGGCGGCCUCUUUUUGGCCUUCAUUGGCAUGAUCGAGAGCAUGCUGGCCAGUGGGCGGGACUUUGAUCUGGCGCACGCCUACCUGUCGCUCUUUCUCAAGCUGCACCUCCGCUCGGUGGCCCAGGAUGCCGUUGCCAUGGAAGCGUUGGUCCGCCUCUCCUCGCGGCUGGAGGCGGGGUGGGCGGAGCUCCGCGCAUCCUUCAAUCAGUCGCUUUGUUUGUUGACGUACGCCAAGAGCGCACUUUUGUGAAGAUACGCCUUCAGGCUUUGUGCAUGUCAAUGUGCUGCUUUGUUAGCAAUAAAGCAAAAAUGGUUCUUUUGACGUCA